AUGGCACAGCGGAGAGCAUCCAUCUCAAGGACCACGCGCGUACGGAGCCCAACAGUUACUAUGACCGCCGAUGUCCCUGCUGCAGAGGCGGAGAAGUGGGUCGCGCAGUGGGCACGUGUAUUGGCUAAGGAGUUGAUCGAUGUGCGCAUAGUUGAAGUCGACGCAGACAUGUCCGUCGAGGACGCAUGCGACCUCCUUCUGCAAGAAGACAUUCCGUGUCUCGCUGUCCGCGCACUUCCGGAUUCGACUCAGACAGGCGCACCUUAUCUUGGGCUCUUUGACUUCUCAGAUGUGAAUGCCUUCCUCACGCUCGCCGCGACACGGCACACGAUCUCGCCCGCAGAGCUUCGCGCUAACUCGCGCGCCGAUCAGAUUAUGAGUGCUGCGCAAGAGGGACGUGUACCUGUGCACCUUGUUAGCAACCUCUCAGAAAAGAACCACCUAGAGACCCUCCCGAAUAACGCCAGCCUUAUUUCACUGCUUGGAGUGUUUGCGAAGGGAACGCAUAGGGGUGAGUGUCCCCGUCCGCCUACGACACGAACAAGGACUACCUACCUUGGUGCAGUCUCCGACCCCCCUGCGCCCACUUUCACAUUCGCAACGCUUCUCUCGUGCCCUCUGCACUCACAUACUCUCCCGUCGCUUCAAAUGUACACGUCUGUCAUAGCUGCUACCAGCUCAUCCACAGUGCUUGACGCAAUGCGCCUGAUGAGUGACUGUGGUGUGAGUAGUGUAGCUGUUGUCGAUGAUGGCGGGGGAGGAUACGGAGCUGGAUACGGGUCCUGGGGUGGGCUUACUGGAGCGGUGAGUGUUACUGAUGUCGGAAAGCUCGUCGUUCCCUCGGAGUCUAACCACAUUCUCUCCGCGCCUUUGCACCAGUUCGUCGCGCAGAUCAAGGAGCCAGAUGGAAGCACAGAUGGAGCAGACCGGUAUCCUGUGUAUGUCGUUCUCCCCACCAGCACACUCUCAUAUGCGAUUCAGAAACUGCUUGCAACCAAUGCGCACCGACUCUUCGUAACUGAUUCUGAUUUCGAGCCCAGCUCAUCCCCAAGCUCCCCCAUGGGCGGCGGAUUGUGCGGAAUUGUUAGCGUUGUCGACAUCCUUUCUCUUUUCGCGCUCAUCGCCAACGUUCCAAAUGUUGAUCCCACACAACGCAUGCGGCACCGACGUGCCUCGUCUACAUCCUCACACUCCUCUAGAGAUUUUGCGCGCUCAAGAUCCAGUAGUAGGACGAGCAUGCGCCUCAGCCAAAGCCCGCGGAUCAUCCCAACUGCAGAUGUCAGCAGUCCGCGCCUUGCGUCAAGUUCGGGGCUAGGAGAUGUCACACAUAGUCCGCGGAUGAAACUCGUUGGUUGGCUUAGAUUUGGGGGAGCUCAUGGGACGGUGGGAGUGACGAAUGGAUGA